CGCCCAGUGACAUCGAUGCUCGGUCUGUGAUUGAACUUGCGACAGCCGUUCACGUACGUCGAAGCCCCUUCUUACCCAACGACCUGAUGUGCAUGCAUGUUGAGUGAGUGAUAAUAGGUCUCCCCAAGUAGGCAAUGUCUCCGUCUUUAAUCCAGGGGGACGUAAAGGAUGCGUUGAGGCCUGGGCUUCAGGGUUUACGUGCCUGGAAGCUCCUGUGGCUUCUGCUUGUCUGCGACAUGUGCUGUAUACCUACUGUAGGUACGGAUCGCAUGAAAGCUUCCAGAAAAGAGUUACUAUGCAAAUACGAAAAGGGUCGUAGUGGCUGAGAAGCUGAUGGAGACAGGAGUGUUUCCUUUUAAGAAUACAUAAUGCAUCUCCCGUGGCAGGUCUGAUCACCCCUAUGGUCCGUAAGGUACGUACAGGAAUAAGUACUCCUCGAUUUGUCGCGGACAACCCCACCAUGGAUCCGAGGCGGACGAUGUUGGGGAAAAGGGGACGACGUCGAGGAACUAAUGUAUGGUAACCGCACUGCCGACGGGCCG